CCCCCAAGCCGACACAAACUCCCUAACUGAGGCGCUCGGGUUUGACAAAAGAGAAGACUUGAGUGACUUGAGUUCCGGUGGAGAAGAACAAGCAAGAUGAAGGAAUAGGAUAAUCUGAUCUGAGGAGGGGAGGCUAGGACGCGCAGUACACACUGCGCGCGUCCGCAGUUUCAAAGGGAAUAGCGGAAUAGCCAACAGAAUCAUCGCCGAACAGAAUUUCGUGAUCUCGUGAGCGCAUGGGCGCACGCCUCUAGCGGCUUUGCGCUUUGCGUUGGCAUUAUUGUUAUUACCGGCUCAUAUGUCUCGUCAGUUCGGCUUUGCCGGCUCUGCCAGUUUUAUCAACAUCGUGGUGCAACGUCAUUAAUGCGCUGCUCGCACAGUGUUUUGGAAAGGUGUCGGUAGUAUUGGAUGCUGACCCUUCGAUGCGCUGCGGCAUAUUUAAGGAGGCCUCUGCACAAGGAAUUCGGCGAAUGCCUUUUUAGGGCACGUAGGAGUGCUCCCAGGCAACCCGGUAAUAGGCUUGUGGCCCGAAGUGUGCACGUUACAGGCAUUAACACGAUGGACCAGAAGAAGGAUCCCAAAGACAUUACCGAAAAGGAAUGGAAAGAAAAAUUAACUCCCGACCAGUUCUACGUCUGUCGUCAAAGGGGUACCGAACAGGCAAAUCGUGGCAAAUGGGUAAAUCACAAAGCCAAAGGAACCUACACUUGUGUCGCGUGUGGAGCAGAUUUAUUCAGCUCUGAGCACAAGUUUGUGUCCAAUUGUGGCUGGCCAUCAUUCUACAUGGCACUAGGCACUGUGAAUGGCGAUGAAUCUCAGUCCAAUAUUAGACGGAGGGAGGAUACCUCUCAUGGCAUGGUACGCACGGAAGUUCUUUGUAAACAGUGUAACUCCCACUUGGGUCAUGUAUUCACCGACGGGCCCCUUCCAACUCGGCUCCGUUUCUGCAUUAACAGCAUCGCCCUCAACUUCAGGCCAGCCCCUGAAGAACCUUCACAAUGAGUCUUCAUUCAUCCACCACCGGGUGGGAAGCUCCUUUGUGAACCUAGAAAUUUGAAUACUACAGAAAGUGCAAAGCGUA